AUGGCAUCGGAUUUAAGUACGUGCUUGCGGCAGCUGAAAAAAUGCCUCGAUACGCAGCAGACUCCUCAUGCCCGCAGCAUAGUUCAUCGUAUCACACAGCUGAUCAUUGAUAAAGUCGAUGAAAGCACUGCGGAAACAGACUUUAAUAUAGAAUGUGUGUUUGCUGCACCGGACGGAUUGAUAGCGUUUUUGGAAAAAUCAUUUCCCUCUGCGAAACUCUUUGCCAAGGCAAUUGAUGAUACGUUUGAAUUAUUUCGUAAAUUGAUCGAGAAACAUUCACCGCUGCUUGGCAAACGGAUGACGAACAUUGUGCCGAUCGCGCUUCGUUACAUACAAUCAUCCUCGGUACCGGCUCGGUCGCGCGAGUUAGCAACACUCGUGCUGCAGGACAGUAUCGCGUAUGGAUGUCUGCAAACCGAAACCUAUGACAAGCUUGACCAGCUGCCCUGGGAGCUUCUGUUGGUUUUCCCACAAGGAAAGUUGCCGAACCGUUUCCAGCAAAACCUUUACGAGCUGUUGGGCCAGUUGGCCAAGCACUUUCCGGCGAGUGUGACCGAACCGGAUAGAGUGCGGGAUACACUUAUGAAUGCGGCGGAGCAACAACUGCUGGAAGAAAAUUAUCCUUCCCUGGUCUCGCUGGCGGGAGCAGUUCGAGGAUUGGACUAUUUUCUAGUCAAUUUUGCACCGUCGGAGAGCGAUCGGGAGAUACGCCAAAGAUUGUACCUAUUGAUAAAGAAACUAUCGAUCUGGGAUGACAACCGAGCAGAGCGAAACGUUUUCCGCAAUGCGUUACUAGUAUUGGCAAAUCAUGCACCGCUAUUUACGCUGCAUCUUUACCUGGAUCACGUGCACUGGCAGAAACUGAUCGCUGGUAAAUGGAUCAAAUCGACGAACCGGGAUGACAGUCAAAUUGGUAUUAGCGCAAUGUACGCUUUUCACGGAGAAAUUGCACGAGUACUUUCCAGGCCCGAACUGACGGCCGAUAGCGGUCGUGAAUGUCCAUCGACGGUGGAUGUCCUGAAUCAGUAUGUGGCGUACUAUCGGAAGUUGCUUAGCUCACCCGAUGCAGAUCGCUUCGAGAUACGGAUUGCCAUUCGUGGAUUCGGUAUUAUGGCGGGACCGUGCCAGCAGUUGGUCGGAUCGAAUGUGUCACUAAACGAGUUGCUUACCAUCGUACUACAGCGGAUCGAGGGUAUAUGUGAACGGUCGGUUUCAGCUGUGGGAGACAUGCUUGAAUUUUUACCCGAUUUCAUUCAGUCCCUAUCGGAGAUUCUUACCCAUGCUAAACAACUAACAGCGACACAGCUCAUCUCGAUACAAACGAUGACCGUUGCUUUGGUUCGUGAUUUUUAUCAUCUUUCUACGGUGCAUCAUGAACUUAUUGUAAAAUCGCUCGUAUGCAUGCUUCAAAACAUUGGAAAGCUAGGUGGAAGUACUCGCGAUCAUCUACUCGACAGUAUACUGCUCCAGGGAAUUGUUUGGAGUUGUACGCACUCAUUGCCGUUCGCCACGUCGCUGCCCGUACCUACGCCAGCUACCGGUACUCAUGCUGUUGCCCAAAAAACCGACUGGAAGCAAGAUUUUGUGACGUACAAAAAUUAUCUUCCCCUUUGGCAGGGGCUUUUGGAUAAAGCACACGGUACACAAGAUACGUCCCUAAUACGCGCGAUCUACCGUGCCUUUAUGAAUACGCUGUUUGUGAUAGUGGAGAAGCUUGAUUUAUCUACCCGCAAACGGACCUUCCAGGAAGAUGAUGGACAGCAAAGGGAACUGUUUUUCUGCGAUCCCAACAUUGAUCUCGUACCGAUCAAACCCAAGGAUUAUCAUAUCUUUCUCAACCUCGUAGAACUGUAUCGGGAUGUUUUGCAUGGUUCGCAAACGCCAACCGCUGUGCGGGAACUCUUCACCGAUUGGAUUCGUCCGUACUUCGAAAAAUUUGUCAAAGCAUCGCUAGAACGUCCGCUGGUGAGUGGAUUCGUAAAGCUGAUCGAAAUGGGGCUCGGUACGGCAGAGACGAUGGGGUAUUUUCAUCAGCGGGAAGGUACACCCGUUGACACGGACGUUCGUUCGAUUCAGCUGGUGCUGCUGUAUUACCUUGAACAAACGGUACAGAGAGCUUUGCACGCAGUCGGAGAGCUUCAACUAGCAUGUCUCCGGUUCGUACUGAAUGCACCGGUUCGUUUGUUGCUUGAUUUUGUUGAAGAUGAAACCCUAAAGCAACCGCUUAUGGUGGAAGUGUUCCGAACAGCUUUCCGUAUCGGCCAUGGAUUACUUUCGAUUGCUCGUGUAGCGCUCUACUCUCUCCGGCGUAUGGUACGGUUUCGUUAUCCACCGAUGAAGCCGACACUGCGGGAGCAACUGCUCCGACAAGUUCUCCCAAUGGUGGAACCAUUCCUGCGCACACGUGACUCAACACAACCACCUGCCCAAAGUUUGCGUUUGGCCAAGUUUAAGCGUCACCAUACGGCUAAUGUUGCUGCUGGAAAGAUCGAACGCAUUAAGCAACAGCACCGAAUCGAACAAACGGUAGACUCGAGUGAACUGGUUACGUUUCAGAUGCGUAUUCUGAACUUUUUGGGCGACCUGCAACCGAACGAAUGCUGCUGGUUGGUGGUGGAUGAGCUAGACAUCGCAAGCGACCAAGGAUGGGACACGUUGAACCGGAGUUCACUGACGCGAUGGGAUGCAGACAGUGGACGUUCGCUCGAGUUGCGGUUGCUGUGCGCGAAUGGAACGCGCCCGUGCAUCAAGUUGGACGGAAUUAUUGGUCGCGUAUGCCAGCUGGCCGUUGAGUGUAGCGACCGUGCGACAAAGUUGGCUGCAUGCGAACUUCUGCACACAAUCGUGCUGUAUCUGUUGGGCAUCAACUAUCAGGAUCAACUGGACAGUUUAUGGACACAAAUAUGCCAACAUCUACUACAACUGAGCUGCGAUACCGAUCUGGCGGUGUGUCAGAUGUUCGAACCAUUACUUUUUCAAAUCAUCCACUUCGUAACGCAGCCAUCUAAACUCAACCAGCAAGGAACGCGAACACUGCUUGACUGCCUGAUGGCCGCAACCUUCAACGUACAGCACAGCGCCAUUCGGGACCUUUCCAUCCGAUGUUUGCGAGAGUUUCUGCAGUGGACCAACCGUCAAUGUAGAAACACGGACUCGGUAAUCGAUCGCCAUAAGACCAAGGGCAAACUGUUGGAUCAGCUUAACACGCACGCAUUAGAGUCGAAUGCUGCGCAUCGGUAUGGUUCUGCACUGGCGUUUAACAAUCUGUUCUGGAUCCUUUUGCAAGAGGAUUAUCAUAUCGUACUGUACGGUUUUGAGCUCAUGCAUUCGUACGCGAUUGGACUUAUUGUGACGGAGGAGCAGUGUGGAUUCGGUACGCCACAAGCUAGCGACGCCAUUGCGGAACAGUUUUUGCUCGUAUUGCAUCAUCUUGGAAAAUUGAUUGCGCAUCGGUACGCUUUAUUCAAUUCCGAACGUAAUGAAUCCUGCCGGCCGAAAGUUCACCAGAUUGUACCGCCGGCUAUUGGUGGAGGUGAGAUGAAACACCUCGUGUGUUGGUUGUUCCGUCAGUGUGCAGCACGUCAGCGACUUUACCGGGGUAAAUGUAUGCAGCUGUUCGACCGGCUCGCUAAAGUAGUGCCUCAAACAACGAGCGCAGAACAUUUUCUGGGCAAACAUUUCACUCCCGACGAAAUCAUUUCGAUCUGCCUCCACGCUGAUGCUGUGCAGGGUAUCCAUCAGGCUCCUACACUGAAAAGUUUGACGGAGGAACAAACGAACUCGUUCGCAGUCAACAUAUAUCUUUGGCUGGAGUAUCUUCUUGCAACGCUCGACAUGUACUGUUGGUUGCGGAGAGAGAAACUAGUCGCGGCAGAGCUAUUACAAGCGCUGAUAUGUCGUAUUUUGCCCGCCGUACAAUAUUUCCUCCGAUCUGUGGUUGAUUUUUCGGUGCACGAACUACUGUCGCGCGUCAAUAGGCAACAAUCGGGCGAGAUUGAUUUGACCACAAGCGAUCAGCGCAUGAACGCGGAUAAGAUUGUUCGGUUCGAUGCACUGAAGUCGGCCGUCGUUGUGAAAAUCGUCGAUCUGUUUGUUUUGCUGCUUCCACACCCACCCGGCCCUGUGGAGCAAGAUAUUGCUGCAGAAAUCUUGGAACUGUGGCAGGAUCAAGCAACGAUCAAUUUUCUACUGGCGCUUCUAUUUAAACCGCACCAGCUCGGGAUAAAUUGCAAUGUUUCGACGCAUCAUGAGCUGGAAAACGAUCGGCACGUCUCGGUUCAACUGGAAGCAUUAAUAUUGCGUAUUAUGGAGCGUUACAAGCAUCCCACCGGGCAGCAUAUUGUGCGGGCCCUGUUAGAAAAGCUCGUCACGGUGAUGCAGGAUCUUGGAGGUCGAAUGAAAUCGCUUCUAACCCUAAGAACAAUUCGCGUAACAGAUCAAAGGUGUGCAAAAGGGUUGCUGUUUAUGGCGAAACAUCUGCGAAGGCGCUACGAGGAUGCGCACGAGACAAAUGCAAUCAUAGAGCGCAUUCAACAGACCGCCCGUAAACUACUGAUCGAUUGUUACGAUGCCAUCGGGCAGGAGCGUGUGUGUUUGGUACUCAGUCCAUCUGCAGCCCGCUUCGGUACGAUCGUUUUAGAGGCUAUCUUUAGCAUGUCCGAGUUCAUCGAGCACAGCGAUACGAAUGCCGUAGUGUCUGCAACCAUUACGUGCUGCUUGGGUACGGACAUGCUACACCCAAACAUACGCCACGGGGAACACUUUCUCGUUUGCUUUGGUUCGGCUGUGUAUGAACUGUUUCUGAUGAAACCCUCUGAAAGCUUGCGCCAGCUCCUUCGAUCUCUCGAUACGGAUAGCUUCCCGUACGUAGUUCGAAUUAUGUGCGAUCUGAUGGACUAUAGCUAUCGGAAGCAAGCUGCGCACAAGGAUCGGUUGGAAAAUCUAUUAGAGAUCAUACUUAACAGUUGGUCACAGCUCUUUGCAAGUUCGCGCCUGCAGCCAAACGUUUUCGGAGCCUCUGAUCUACAGAUGAUAGAAUUGAUGACCAACGUGGCGAUGAUUUGUCCUUUCCCCUUGCAUGAAAUUCGCCAGAAAGUGGGACUAAUGUACGAGGAGUGGUUAAUUGAGCUUAUCGGAAGUGCCCGAUCGGAGGUGUCCAUAGAAUUGAAAGCGAGAGCUAUCGUUCUGCUACCAACCGUACUCGGACCGGGUGGUGGAACAACUGAAACCGAGUCACACUGGGACAGUUUUGAGAAUGCACUCGAAAAGUUGCAGACAGCACACUUUCCGCUUCGUUCGACAGAAUUUCCACCAAACAGCCCAAAACGGGUUGGAUUUCUAAACUGUCUCGAACGUUUGCUUGAUGCGAUGAUCGUUUCCCGUUCACCACUGCUUCUGAAGGUGGUCAUACAAAUCACGGCUCCAGACGAUGAGGGACACAUUGCCGAAACGCAAAUUCGCCAAGCCAUCGAGCGAUACUUUGCCGACCAACCGUACGAGAUGCAGUGUGAGCGGUUACACGACAUAUGGCAUUUAUUUGCAAACCAUGAUUAUGCACCGACCGUUCGCGAAACGAUACUACGACGAUAUCUGUGUACCGCACUGUGGCACUGUCGGUACGAUUCGAUUGUGGAGUUUUACAAACGCACCAUUCGCUCCAUAUCCAACUUUACCACGGUGGACAUGUAUGGACGUUCCGGUUGGGAAUUAGAGCAUACGCUCAUCGAUUUAGCUGCUGGCUUUCGAUUGUUGGAGCAUUAUGCUGCACUGCUUCCCAAGCAUAUCCUGGCAGGCGAACAUUGCCCCGUAGCUACAGAGCUUUUUGGUCCGGCAAAGGAUGGCGAAGCACCAGUGCGAGGAAAACGUUUGGUGGCCGACUUCAGCAAACGAGCACAUGGCGUCCGACGGGUCGCGUGUCCUUCGAAUGAUCGUUCCGCAGUGGAGCUGUUCCGCAAGUACCAGUGUGCCGCUUAUCGGGCAUUGGUUGCACUGAUCUCCAACACGAACGACAACCCUCGCAUGUACUCAGCGCUCUUGUUUCUGGAGAGUCGUGAAAAAGGUGACUAUCUAUGGCGCCAUUUGGUCGACUGCAGCAAUGACGAACUGUACCUGGAAGGAGGCCAGGAACAGGAACAAACCGUCCGUACAAUCACAAAGCGUGUUGCAAUAAGAAAUGAGGGCGGAUAUUCAGCGUCCCAACUACCGAGCGCCAAGGAACCCGGCCUGUCGGUAGUGAGAGAAUCAUCGCUGAGUCAACAGGUGUUUCGCUUCGAUAUGAACCAUUCCGUUGUGCUGUCUGCUCGCGAGAUAGCGGAAAGGGAUGCUGCUGAGCUGGCCAAGCGACAAAAGGGAACACUGUCAGACGUUUCACUCGAACGAACGAAAAUCAACGAGCACGAGAUAAUGGCCACGGUUUGCGGAUGCAUUCGCCACAUGGCUGCAACCAAGGUGGAGCUGCAAACGGUAGUGCGCUUUCUCGUUGGCUCGCUAAACGAUCCGACGCAGCCGAAGAACGUACGACUGUUGCUAGCGAAGGUGAUCGAUAAUUGUCGUAAAGAGCUGCAGCCACACGCAUCGUUGUUGCUGUGCCCAUUGAUGCAGCUCACCGUCGAUGCGUGUAAGAUUCGCGGUUUGGGCCCGCUCGUAACGGACUUGAUUGCGCUGGCACUGGAAUGGAAUGCUACGAUUGUAUCUAGCGCAACUAGAAGAGAAGGGGCUCCUGUCGCAGAAUCUGCUGCCCUAGCGAGUGUACUUCUUCGAUUUCUUAUGAAUCACGGUUGUGCGCAGCAAGGUGCAAGAAACACAACACCGAAAGUGUUACGACUGAAUCUGGAACUGAUUCAGGAGCUAAUAUCACAGUGGCAUAGUGCUCUGGUUGUUCCGGAGGAGCUUCUUUUUGAAAUGGUAACCAGUAGGCAACGUUUGCAAUCGGAGGAACGCUCACAGCUCCAACUGAUCGCGGGUCUGCAAAUGAGCACAAUAGUGCUCACCAAGGGACGAGGCACGUUAGUGCCCUGGAUGGAGAGUACAAAGCGAGAAUAUCUGGGUGCGAUUGUACAGUGUCUAGAUUUGCCCGACAGCACCAGCUAUAAAUCUGCCGCCUUACUGUUAGGUCACAGUCUGGCACGACUCUAUCCCGAUGGUCUGCCGGAAGAUGAAGACGUCAGUGCAGAUGAACAGUUCCAUACCGAGUGCAUUACCAAGCUUUCCUGCAUCCAGCGUGAAUACGAUCGCAAAUUUGCCGAAAUUUUAUACGAAAUAGCCAAAGGCUUUCCGUCGAUUGCCGAUCCGUUUCUGUCCAUUUUAAGCCAUCGCUUUCCUGCGGCUGCUGUUCCGGAGAAACGCAUGUAUCUGGAACUGUUGCUAGGCGGACGGCUGGAGAAGUUUAACGAGGAUCUCUUCCGGGAGCUAUCGUCGAUGGAGUUGAUGCUGCUGUUGCGCGAUAAUGAGUUGCAGCUGCCCACAUUGCAUUUACUCAAUCGUGCGCUUCCACUGAUACGUGAGCGUGAGCAUGUACAACAGCUGAUCGACCCAGUUGGACGUGUUACAUCGGAACCAAGCACACGCACCGAGUGUCGGGCGGUGGCUUUCGAAGUUCUAAUCUACAUCCAUGAACGUAACUUCGCCGAGCUUUCGGAGGAAUGUCAACACACGGUUUGGAGAUGCCUGAUACAAGGCUUAUGCAGAAUACAAGACACCGAUACCAGCGACGCUUCCAUUCGGGCAAGAAUUCUCGAAUACCUUACCGACAGUGGGAAGCUGCCGAGUGAUGUAAAGGAACGCUUCUUGUUUCUUUUGGCGGAACUGUACGAUCCAGCCGUAGAAACGGAGUUUUUGGGCAGUGCAGUGGCACUGCUCCUCGAUCCAGCAAUCCGUUGCCGGGAGUCUAAGGAUCGUUUGUUUCUGCACGAGUAUCUGAAUGCAGACGUUAAGUUUAACGAGUACACCAUUGAAACGGGAGCUCGACAGCGUCACACAAUGUCGCUGCUAACGCCAAUGUUUGCGGAAACCUCUCAACAGCGGCAGCUACAAUCCUUCAUUACGAGCAAAGGUUCACAGAUGGAGCAACUAAUAAGAGCGACCCAAUUUUCCGGCACGGACCGUACGGCACGCAGUGAUGGCAAUGCGUAUUUCGAACCAACACAGGAUCCGACCAGGUUUAUUAAAGGGCAAGAAACAUUUGCCAUGCCAACGCAACAUUCCCUCAUGCUGGAGUCCAGCUCAAUACAGCUGGACCGUCGAUCGCAGCGAACGGGUCAUGUGCCGGAAGCGACGCAACAGGAGCGCUCAUUCGAACGUCUACGAAAACGCAUUCUCAGGGACAGUGAAGCGAAUCGACAACAGCAUACAGCCUGGGCCGUUAGACGCCAUUACUCCAACCAGCGGCAACAGACGGAACGUCGCCGUGAGGCUACAUCCCAGGUGACGCUGUACCGACGCUACCGUCUUGCCGAUUAUCCCGAUCUGCAGAUCAAUCUGCUUGCGUUUCUAUUACCGCUGCAGGCACUCUGUCGUCGAGAUACGGCUUGCGCUAGGCACAUUUUUGUGGCCAUUUUUAACGGUCUGGUCGAAUGUCUGGUGUCGGGAGAUGCUGCAGGACACCGGACGCAAAUGGUUGGCGAAGAGUGGGAUCGUUUCGUAGCCCAGCUAGACAGAUCUUUACAUCGCAUUCUAGACUCGACCAAAACCAGCGAUCCCAAUCUCUUCGGUGGCUUGAUCGAAUUGACACUGGGCAAGGCGUCGGGAAAAUUUACGCUUUCUCCCCGUACCGUUGCCUCUGUGGCAGGUUCAUCCAACAUGCUCACGAUGGGCGCACUCUAUCUGGAGGCAAAGCUAGCGGACGGUGAUGACUUUGACGGCGAACCGGUACGUACCGUUGGGUGCAUCGCCACCUCGGAGGCAGAACACUGGCUGCAGUUAUCGAACUUGUAUCACGCGAUGCACGAGCACAGCGUAAUGGUGGGCAUAUUCGCCGAAAAGCUCGACACUGAUCCGCAGCUGCGGGGUGCAAUCGAACUGGAAGCGCUUGGACGAUACAGCGCAGCAUACCGUGCGUACUGUGAGCUGCUAAUGCGUGUAAGCGAGGCUCGCGUUGAGGAACGCAACUUUUGCUACAAGUCCACCUUUAACUGCCUGCUACAGCUCGGACAGUGGGACUGGCUGCUGGAACAGAUUGAUAAUCAGGUAGCGAAUCACGAGGAGCUGUGGAGUGACGAGUGGAAUUUGGAAAAUCUAAUGCCGAAUUACGUGCAUGGUAAUGUGGCACGUGUAUUGGCCGGCAAUGCAGCUGCGCGUGAGUUUUACCAAAUGCUGCAACAAUGGUUGCACAUCCCCGAUCGUGCCAAACAUAUGCGACAGCAGUUCGGCGAGCAGCUGACGGCGCUGUACAUCUCCGGCCAAGAAAUGGUCCGGGCCCGCAUGUUCGGCGAACGGACGCAGCGCCAAUUCCUCGACGAAUGGUACUGUGCUGGCGUGCUGCCGGCGCUAGUGCGCACCGAUUGUUUGCUUGGCGUGCGCAAAGUCAUUGAGCUGGUAGCAUACAGUGAGUUGUUGGAGCAUUCGACCGAUAAAUUGGAACAAGCUCUCGACGGGCUAACUAUCUCAUGGAACAAAGCACAUCCUGCACUGACGGAUUCGCUCGUUACCUGGGACACUAUAGUAGCGUACCGUAAAUUCUUAUUACGCAAGCUCGAAGCGAAAUGCUCCGGGCAGGAGAAUAUAGCAGGUAACGUGUCUAAACUGUACAGGUUGCUGUACGAGCUGGAGCUACAACUGGUGGACGUGGCAUUCGAGCAGAACAACACAAAGUAUGCAUUUAAAUUUAUUUCAAGCCUGCGAGCCGCUGAAUCAUCCGUGGGCUUAAGAAAGCCGGGAGUGGAACAAUCACUACGCAGAAAAAUCGCCCAUAUACGGCACGAUUCAACACUGCAGGUGGUAACAAAUUCCACACUGAUACAACCUCUGUUGCGUGAGUUUAGACACUUGAUGAAAGUUCAUAAACAGCUAGCAUCCGUCGAAAAUGACACCGAUAUGAAGCGGGUGCGUCGAACCGCAUGGACAGAACUUUUCCGCCUUGCCGACGCAAUUCGGACGGUGAACAAAAAUUCUGACGAUGACUUUACACCGGAUCAUGCAUCGGUCAUACAGAACGUUAUUCAAAUUGUAAUGAAACUACCGGAUGAUGCGAUAGCCAGUGAGCGUGUAACGUUAAGCGAAAGAUUAUGUCGGUUUUCGAUCCAUUGUUUGCAGCAGGGUAUUGAUGUAUUGGUACCUGAUGUACGUGAUUCCAUGCAAAGGAACAGCAACGAUGCUACUUUAUUGGAGCUCGCCGAAGCUCACCUUCGUUUGGCUCGGUACUGUUACGAAGAGCUUAACCCGGAACGGGACGAAUCUGAGGAACUGCCAAUUGAGCGACUUUUAGUGACGUCCCUGUUGCCCGCCAUUAAAUACGGUUCCCGAGAGGCUAGACAUCUGUUUCCGGUGUUGUUACAGUUACGAAAUCUUCAAAACAACACGCUGUGCAAAGAAUUCCAGGAACACUCGGGUGCGGUACCGUCAUGCAACUAUAUCCAGUGGAUUCCCCAGCUGUUGUCGUACAUGAGGAUUGCGUCGGACGGACCUGGAUGCUCCAACCGAGCACCCGUAGAGGACCAUUUUCUGGAUGAACUUUUUAUGCGACUUGUUCAAGACUACCCAAUGGCGCUGUAUUACCCAGCUCGUCUAAUACUGAGCGACACCGAAGGACCGGUGCGUCCUAUUGUAACGAAGUUGCGCAAUGCCUUGAAUUUUCCCGUGUUGGAUCGCUUCGUAGAUGAACUGUACCGUGUAGUUAUGCCGGAAACACGGCUCCACAGCAUGAUGGUGGAAUUGAAAAGACAUCUGAACGGCUUCACCGACCCAGCUGCCUACCGUACGUUCAUCGACAGUACCGUUCCGCAUGUGUUCCCAGCAAACGCUAACGAUCUGUGGCGCCACGGACAAGCUUACCGGGAUGCAUUCCCACUAAUAGAGAGUUUUCGCGCCCUGCAGCAUUACCAUCCAGUGAACGAGCGUGAUCAGAUCUUGCAGAAGCUACAGGAACUGGAAAGUGCCAUACAAUCGAAUAUACCCCGCAGUAAGACUAAGCACAUGGAACUGAAAGAUCUUUCACCCUGGCUAGCAGACUAUCAUUGCAGCGAUAUAGGAGGCCAGCGUGGAGAACCGUCUGUCGAGGUACCGGGUCAGUACGGAGCGGUAGAUCGUGCUACACCGAACCCGUCCCAGCACGCGACGAUUUUGAAAGUUUUGCCGGAUGUACUAGUGUUCGGAACGCUUCGGCUGCCGAUACUGAUAACGUUCCGCAGUAGCAAUGGGCGGCAGUAUCGGUUCUUGGCCAAGUUUGGCGAAGAUCUCCGGCAGGAUCAGCGCAUACAGCAGCUGCAGCGUGAGAUAACGCACCGCUUGCGAUGGGACCGGCACUGCCGAGCCCACCAGUUACUGCUCCGCACGUACGAAGUUGUGCCGAUACGGCCCGAUUUUGGUUUGCUCAGUUGGCUGGAAGGUACGAUUGCAUUAGGCGAAAUUGCCAAACAGGCUGCACCCCGGUACAACCCUGGCAACCGGGGACAGGAACACGUGCAUAACGAGUACAAACGCUUUCUGAUGAGCGUAGCGAAGCUGGACCCUUCGGCAGACGAUUCGCUUAACACUGCCGCCAGGAAUUCGGCAUCAUUGUACGCAAUGGCAGCGGCAUACGGUUUGCCCGAGCAGCUGCAAUCGAAGUUUAUCGAGCUGGCGCAAACUAUUCGCUCGUGCACACUCAAACGUGCGCUGUACGAUAUGGCCACCUCGCCCGAAUCCUUCUACCGGUUGCGCAUGAACUUUGCGAAAAGUUUGGCCACGAUGAACGUUACCUGUUGGGUGCUGGGGAUAGGCGACCGGCAUUUGAGCAAUAUUGUGCUGGAACGAGCGACCGGCAUGCUGGUGGGUGUGGAUUUCGGUAUAGCGUUCGGCGCCGGUACACGUGACCUUCUCAUACCGGAACUGAUACCGUUCCGGCUUACGCCACAGUUUGUUGGAGUAAUGGAGCCGAUGCAGCUGGCCGGCAUUUUACAGAAGUGCCAUCUGCACACACUGCAAUGUUUGCGCAGCUCUCGCAUGCUGCUCCGUGCCUGUUUGGAGGUGUUUAUCCGUGAACCGACGGUCGACUGGUUAAAGGCAGCCCGCCAACGAAUGGUUGACAGUGCCGGCAACGAACGAUCGUCCCGGCAGAGCGACAGAGAAUGGAAUCCGGAGGUGCGUGUAAACACGGUCCUGCGCAAGCUAAACGGUGCCAAUCCGAAGCAACUGUUGAUGGAUGAGUUGCGUUACGGUGUCGUUGCUCAACACGGGGAUUUUUUGGUGGGAUAUCUGUCGCUGGUCGAAGCAUCAGCUUCCGUGAGCAGUGAAAAGGCGGGUCGGGCAAAGGUUCUUUCGACGGAGUUGCAAACCGAGAUGCUGCUAGAAAUGGCCGUUGAUGGUAAGCUGCUUGGCAUUACGUACAACGGGUGGUAUCCUUGGUUCUAG